AUGGCGGGGCAGCAGCUGCGAACAGCAUCAUUGGCUGCAGCCUUCUCUCACAAGACGGAAAGUGAACGCUGGCACGCAAAAGGCCUGAGGCUCAAUGUCGAGUUCGAUGUUGCUGUUGCUGUUGCUGUAGCUGUCGCUAUCAAUCCCGAGAUCUACUGUACGCCAGAAGCGCCAAGCCAAGGCAGCCCAGAGUCCGAGCUCCUGGAAUUGCCGCGUCGCUGUGAGCUGCCUUCGCGUCCUCCAACAGGACCUGGUCACCAGUUAUCUAGCAAGUACAGCUUUUGA